AUUGAACUUUUGGAGUUUUUACGGUGGCAAUGAGAAAAGUAUCAACCCUCCGGCUGAGAAAUUACCAUCUUUACCAGUGGAAGAUAAUGACCCAUCAGAAUACUUUCCGAAUGACGAAAGGAUGAUCUUUGAACAUGGUCAAACAUUGUUGUCACAAUUCGAAAGGAAACCUGAUUGUUUUAAAGAAGCUACGACGGCGCUAAAAGAUGGUUGCAAAAGUUUAAAUUUAUCCGAUAAUGAUAAGAUCCAAUAUGCGGUUCGACUAACUAAAUGCAAGCUUGCUAUUGCUAACUUUGCUGCCCCUAUGGAAUGUGAAGAUAUUAAUUAUGAUGUCGGGAGAUGCGUUGAAGCUAUUUCGAAAAUUCCUCAACUUUGGGUAACCUAUGAUAGAUAUCAUAAUGAAGCUUGUACGUAUCAAUUUAAAAAGAUGAAAUGCUAUUACAAUUUGCAUGCUACAAUAAACGACCAUAUUCGACUUUUUUCUUCCGAAAACGUAGUUCAAAUGUGCGUUUCAGUGAGAUGUUCUGUUAAGCGAGAUUCACUGGAAGAAAUUCAUAGAAUCAUUAGUGUCAUUUAUAAAAUAUUAAAACAUCAGCAAAAUGAAAAGGACACUUGCCGUGAAGAAGAAAUGAAACAAAUUAAACAACUUCAUAAAGAACUUAAGGAAAUGAUGUUUGAUAAUACAGGAUCAUUAAAAAAAGAUUUGUCGGAUUCUCAACUAAUAGCUCGAAGCAUUUCAAAUUUAAUAAUACAUUUUAAAGAGGAGUUCGAGAAAUUUAGUUUAAACAUGAGAGAGACCUUUGAUGAUAUGAACAACGCAAAUAAUCAACAAUUGAGCAUAUUAGUUGAUUCUGAAGACAUGGCUCAACAAGUUAUUCAGUAUCUGCAAAAGGUUAAUUCCGUAGCACAAGACACGCUAUCAUCACAAGAGCAAGCGUACGACAACAUGGAAGAUAUCAAGUAUAAGCAUCGCGAAUUAUCAAAUCAAUGGUAUAACAUAUUACAAGAAACAAGCCAAAAUUUUCAUAAUUUACUUGGCAUUUCACAAAAUGAAAUUCAAUCGUUGACAAAAACGUUAAGUGACGCAAGAGAAAUUCAUCAAGAUUUUGUGAAAAUAUUAAAACCAUUAAACGCUGUUGUUGAUUCCGCUAGCUGGCUUUAUGAUGAAAAUCUUUUGGGAAAUUGCGCAAUUUAUGCGAUUCCGUUGCUAGCUAUUAUACAUUGGAUGUUAUUCGGUAAAAUCAUAGCGAUUUUCGGUUUUAUCGGGAAAGGUGCCAAAGGGAUUGCCCUUGGAAUGUUCGAGAAGACAUCGGUUAAUGGAAAUCUUCACGGCACGAUACAUGAUCUAAAUGACGGUUAUGAUGUCAUGGCACUCACAGCGAUCCGAAGGGUUCAAGGUCAAAAAAGACAUAGUCCCAUAUAA